AUGGCUCACCUUACGCAUGCUCGAUCGCCUACUCUCGGUGGACACAACAACCAAGAUCGCAAACUCGUUCAUGAGGCUACCACAAACACCCAUCGCAAUCACCAGCGAUCUGCCUCUCCAGACACUGUUGGAGGCAGCACGCCCCACACCAAUGGACGCGGUGGUGACCAAUCGGCUACCGAAGGCGCUGCGGACGAAGACGACGAAGAGGACAGUAGUACUGCCAAAGACAACGAACAGGACGACGACGAGACCGAUGCAGACGUGCCGGCCUUACCCUAUAGCUAUGCUAGGGGAGGCAAGGGCAAGGGAAAGCGUCCUUCUAUCCGCAUCGAGCCUGCAGAUGACGAUGAGUCUCACGCUGAAGACGAUGACAAUGUCUCAGAGCUCAUGCCCAACAAGCAUCCAGUAAACCAGCUACUAAUGAGUAACAAGAAACGUACCUUUAGCAAUCUCUCGAGCACCUCAGUCCUGUUCGGCGACGACUCCACAGACCAAGAGUCGUUCCCCAGACGCAAGAUGGCUCGGAAACUGAGCAACGCUUCCAGCAUACCGCUGCUAACAUACAAAGAGGACGAAGAACCCCAAGUAAGCUAUGAGAACGCUAUUGAAAGCGACGAUGAAGACUACAGCGGCGUUAUGAACGUCCCUGACGAUGACGAAUCCGACAUGGAGAUGAUGGAGCAACAAGAGGAGAGUUAUAUCCUCCAAGAAGAGCAAUCAGCUACCAAUCUUCUCAAUGAGUAUCGUGAUGCUCGACGACUCAGUCUUGAGAGUUGUUUUAGCGACAACAUCUUCGAUGUUACUGCCCCACUAGACGAUGCGUUCAUGUCAGGUCUUCCUGACUACGGCUUUACUCCUUUCUUCGAGCCAGAUGCUCUGCCUGCAUCUCCUGUCCCUAUGGCUAAGAGGAAGUUCUCAGACGGCUCAGCUAAGCGCGUCCGCUUUGACGACGACGUUCAAGUAUCAGAUAGUUCCAGUUCGGAAUCUUCAGAACUCGACAGCAGUGUCUUCCCUGAUCUCUUCUUGGAUCAAGAUAAGAUUCCUCCUAGCUUGCAUCAACUUCUUGAUAUGGACUACGAUGAUGACAACGGAGACAUGGCUUCUCCGCAGUCCGAUGCGUCAUUCUGGGACUUUGAGCAAAACGAAUCACGUAUCACUCAAGUCGAUAAUUCGGAUGAGUCCGAUGGCGAGUCGUCUGGCGAAUCCAGCGGUUAUGAGUCUGACAUGGGUGAUACCACUGAUGAAGAAGACUUUGGAACCGACAUAUUACCACGCACGCCUAAGCAGUCUGUUCUACAACGACCGGCCUCAGCACCAGGCUCACGUGCUGCUACGCCCAAGCCCUUCCAACGCAGCUCCCGUCCGAUUGGCCGCCAAAUCCCGCCAACCCGUGGCAUCUUCAUUCACGACGAGACUGACCAGGCUAUCGCAGUCACUAACAGGGCUACCAAGGCUGUCUCAUUCUACCGUCCUCGCACGGUGAUGAUUCCGUGGAUUCCUUUGACCGAUUACCAAAGUAGUACGAGCGGCACUGUCAACAACAGUCCCCGGAACUCCAUUGCUCAACUCAACGCCUCCGACAGUGAGAACAGCAAUGAAGUUUUCAACAACGGUCUCAGCACCGACAUCAUGCUUAGUGGCAUCUUUGGAUCUGCCUCGGGCAAUGACUUUGCUUUUGGAAACGAAAGCAUUGGUCCUCCCGAGGCUUUCUAUCCCUUCGUAAGCAUAUCUUCCAACGGUAACAUGGGCCUCGUUGACGAAGAUGAGGAGGGUUCUUCGAGCGACGAAUACGAUGAUGACCUCAACAUCGCCGACUUUUUGGAAUUUGGCGAUUCAGGCGGAGAUACUGAUCUAGACGAGGACGAUGAGUUCGACGAUACUGAUGUACCAGCUACGCCGGCAACUUCCAGUAUGGCACAUCAUGGCUCCACUCCGGCGGCACCAGCUACCGUCACGCCUGCCCGCAAGAGAACUACAUCAGACGUCAUGCUUGAGCACUUCGAUCGCGGUGUCGUUACCGCUUUCCGCAGCAACCAAAACCGGUACCGCGAUGUAGCGUCUCUGCCAUCGGAUCCUGCGGCGCGCGCCUCCGUUUCCCGUCCUGUCCGCUCUGGCAAGUCCGCCGAAGCUUUGAUAACUCCUCUCCGAAAGCGCACCCGGUCAAACAGAGUAGCCAAGUCACCUCUGAAGAACGGCACGACCAUGAACCGCAGCUCACCUCUCUCGGGUGUCACCAAGGCUACAUCGCGGCUGCAAAACUCUGUCAUGGGCUCUCCUCGCGGACCCCCUAAGAUGGGAACAUUUUCCUGA